GCAAGUUGUAUCUAAAUUUGAGUAGUAGUGUUAGCCGUUAGAAUGAAGGAUCCUGAAUUGUAUGGCACGCGAUCCUCCCUUCCCCCCUCGUGCGCGACACUCGAAAAGGUGACGAUCAUGCACACAUUCCGCGUGCGAGAAAUCAGUCCGCUCGAUCAAUAUGAAUCAUCUUUCGUUGUAACGCUUCUUAUCCUGAAGCCGAAGUACGAACCACCCCGAUAUUCUGUCACGUAUUACUACUGCAUUUUGUUACCUAAUGUUCUCGGUAUACAUACCGCGAGGGCAGGCAGUAGUGUGCGCGAAUUGCCUGAGUUUCCGACGAGAUAUGCCGACUACCACGUGCAAUAUAUUUUCUUCCAAACUGUAAGAAACUACUCGAUGUCGACAAAUGCGAAUUACCGGUGCACGCAUCUUAACGAAUGCACAAAUUAUCGAUCCACAAGCUUCGCUUACCGCCUGCUUUGA